AUGGUUCAAAUUGUCCCGGCAUCGUCAGGAACUACGGCUCGGAAUGCUGUCUUCGUGUCAUCGAUACUGUGCCUCUUAAGCUGCUGGAUCACGGUUGCCCUGCGCACCUGGGUGCGAAUUACUACGUUAAAGAGCUUUGGAUGGGAUGAUGCUACAUUGAUAUGUUCAACUGUAAGUCAUCAUCACUGCUCGAAGACCAGACUCACAAUAUCUGAUGCUUCUGGUAGAUUCUCUUCACCGCUUUCUGUACGGUAGUGGUCUUGGUUCAAACGUAUGGGGGAGCGUACCACGUCUCGAGUCUGACGUUGGCAGAGCUCGAGAAAUUGAACAAUGUAUGUAUUCAGUCUGGUAAUGAAGUGAUCUCCACUAAUGUUAUCCAGCUUGUCAUAGCAAGUUUCGCACUCUAUCUGACGACCAUGAUAGUAUUCAAGAUCUCCCUCGGCAUUCUCUACCUGCGGUUGGUGAUCCGACCGUGGCACCGCUACAUUGUCUAUGGCGCAAUGGUUGUCAGCACUGCGAUUGGCAUCCUUCUCCUCUUUGUUGCGAUCUUCAGCUGCGGCAACCCGACUCUUUAUUUGAAGAAUGAACUCGCCGGGAUCUGCAUGCAGUCCAGCGUGGUAUUCAGCAUACAAUAUACCGGCGCGGCUAUAAACGCAGCAACAGAUUGGACUUUCGCCAUUCUUCCUGUCUUCCUGCUGAUGAAAGUUGAGAUCCCCCGGGCGGUGAAGGUCAGCACCGGGCUUGUUCUUCUUCUGGGGUGUUGUGGUAGCUUCGUCUCUCUGUUCAGAAUACACUGGAUCAAGGGCUUAACACCGGGGGCUGAGUUCUUCCGCACAGCCGUUAUCACGGCGAUCUGGUCAAUUGUCGAGCUGGGCCUUGGGAUCACAGCAGCAGCGAUAGCGACUUUGCGUCCACUGUUCCGUGGCCUCAUGGGACAAGCUCGAUCUAGAGCAUCACCGAUUGAAAAUUACGGCAGCCUUUCGAAGAGCCCUGUAGAAUCCUCAAACGUCCGAGGGCUUGAUGCUACGUUCGGCGACUGGCACUCACCUGUUGUACAGCACGAGCUACAAGAUCUAGAGAAUCAGGACAAGGGCAAGAGCCAUUUCAGCAUGACAUCGGUGCCCGAGAACUCGCGCAUAAUAAGCGACAUGGGCAUAACGCAAGAUCUGGUGCGGCAGGACAGCGGAAGGAUUACCCCAACGGCAAGGGCACCAGACAUUUUGAGGGAGAACAGUCUCCAAUCGAAGACGAGAGUGGGUACUAUCAGCCGCAAGGCGAACGACGUGCCAGUAUCCGAUCCAGGAGUAAGGCCGAGUGCCAACGGCCUAGGCAGCUCCCAAAACAAGCUUAUUUCGCGUCCAAUUCGGCAUGUGGCAGAUCUACAAGCAGCGCCUCCUACUCCGACCUUUGGGCAGCGCCGACAACAGCUUUUCCGAGUAGAUCCAAGAAGGAACGGGUCUUCCGACUGGGUCUCUAACGUCGACACCAACGAGCUUCGGUCGCCCGCCUCGAGCAUAUCCUGCUGCGCCAGGACGGCGGUCCUCCGAGACGAACAGGAGCGAAACUUUGUGUAG